UUCUUCCUCCUAUUCACCGUCAGGUUAGAUGUAAAGUUGACAGUCGAGCCGCAGGAGAAAGGGGAGUCUCCGUCCGGAGGGGAGAAGAGGAGGAUGAGGAGGCAUCGCGUCUCGGUCCUUGUUGGCAUCUGAUUAAGCGAAGGCCACUGUUCUACUUUGCUGCUGUAAGGUAGAGCAGCCCCGCUCUGCCUGGGAAGCAGUGAUAGACGAACGGAUAGACUGCCCUGUGAAGUGUUCUCCUUUUAAUGGAUGCCAGGGUGGCCCUGCUGCACUUAUGGACAGCCCUUGUCCUCCUGACAGCUGAACUGAAGUGGAUGGACACUGCAGAGGUCUACACCAACGCCUGGGCUGUCCAGAUCAAUGGAGGGCCAGAGGAGGCUGACCGCAUCGCCAGGGAACACGGUUUCAUCAACCUUGGCAAUGUUUUUGGAGAUUAUUAUCACUUCAGACAUCAUGCCGUGGAGAAGCGAGCUUUGUCUGGCCACAGGGGGAUGCACAUCAGACUGCAAAAAGAACCACAGGUCCUGUGGACUGAGCAGCAAGUGGUGAGAAAAAGGAAGAAAAGAGAUGUGUACGAAGAACCAACAGACCCUGAUUUCCCCAAGCAGUGGUAUCUGUCCACCCCGACACAUCAAGACCUGAAUACCAAAGUAGCCUGGGCUCAAGGCUACACAGGAAGAGGUGUCGUGGUGACUAUCCUUGACGAUGGCAUUGAGAAGGACCAUCCUGAUCUCAUCAGCAAUUAUGACCCUGAGGCCAGCUAUGAUGUUAAUGAUGGAGAUGCUGACCCGCAACCAAGAUACACGCAGCGAAACGAGAACAGACAUGGAACUCGAUGUGCUGGAGAAGUUGCAGCUGCAGCCAACAACGGCGUGUGUGGUGUUGGCGUGGCCUAUAAUGCUAAAAUUGGAGGAGUUCGUAUGUUGGAUGGAGAGGUGACAGACAUGGUGGAGGCCCAUUCCCUUAGCCUCAACCCUCAGCACAUUCACAUUUACAGUGCCAGCUGGGGCCCAGAAGAUGAUGGCAAGUCACUGGAUGGCCCUGCCAAGCUGGCUAAAGAGGCUUUCCUCCAAGGAAUCACCAAGGGACGCAGCGGACUGGGCUCCAUCUUCGUGUGGGCCUCGGGUAAUGGUGGCCGGGAGCAGGACAGCUGUAACUGUGACGGCUACACCAACAGCAUUUACACCUUGUCCAUCAGCAGCACCACGCAGUCCGGCAGCGUGCCGUGGUACAGCGAACCUUGCUCUUCCACCCUCGCUUCCACCUUCAGCUCUGGAAACCUGGGGGAGAAACAGAUAGUGACCACAGACCUGAGGCAAAAAUGCACAGAUUCUCACACAGGGACGUCUGCUUCGGCCCCACUGGCUGCUGGGAUCAUCGCUCUGGCUCUGGAGGCCAAUAUGAACUUGACCUGGAGGGACAUGCAGCACCUGGUGGUGAGGACAUCCCGGCCCGGACACCUCAGCGCCGGGGACUGGAAGACAAACGGAGUGGGACGCAGAGUGAGUCAUUCGUACGGUUAUGGGCUCCUGGAUGCCGGCACUAUGGUGGCUUUGGCACAGAACUGGACAACAGUGGGGCCACAGCAUCAGUGUGUUCACAACAUGCUUACAAAUCCAAGAGACAUUGGGAACAAGCUGGUGUUCAGCAAGAGCGUGGAUGCCUGCUGGGGGCGACCGGAGUAUGUCAGCUCUCUGGAACACGUUCAGGCUCGGCUCACUCUCUCCUACAACCAGAGAGGAAAAUUGGCCAUUCAUCUCAUCAGCCCACUGGGCACACGCUCCACCCUGCUGUUCCCCAGGCCCAAUGACUUGUCCUCAGAGGGAUUCAACGACUGGGCCUUUAUGACCACCCACUCAUGGGACGAGGAUCCUCAAGGGGAAUGGACCCUGGAAAUAGAAAACGUGGCAGCUAAUGGACACGACUAUGGUGUGUUAAGUCAGUUCACCCUCAUCCUGUGGGGCACCGGACCCAGCGUCGUCAACCCAUCAUCAUCUGAUUUCCCUCGGCCGUCCAACAACAGCUGCAAGACCUUCGAUGCACAGCAGAUCUGUAUCGAGUGUAGCCCCGGCUUCUCCCUCUUCCUCCAGGGUUGUGUGAAGUUGUGUCCGCCUAGCUUCACUUCGGGGCCGCAGCUCCUCAAUCUCUCCCUGGAGAACUGGGUGGACUUGUCCUCGGUCCAAGCCUGCCUGCCCUGCCACCCCGCCUGCCUCACCUGCUCUGGCACUGGACCUACAGACUGCCUGUCCUGCCCGCCUCACAGCCACCUGGUGCUCACCUCCUGCCUGCACCAAAACCAGGUCCAGCGCAAUUCCCCUCAAGCUGGGAGACUCAAAGGCGACGGAGCCCAGCCAGACGGGGAGAUCCCAGCUGCAGUAGAGGACAACAGUGGGGAAGGUGAGGAACCCCCGGGGCUCAGCGUAGCUCCGUCCACCCAGCUGCCUGCCGUCAUGGCCGUGCUCAGCUGUGCCUUCAUCCUGGCUGCCUUCGCCGGGGUCUUCCUCUUGCUGCAGAUGCGCUCAACUGGCACUUCUUUGGGCUGGAGGACCAAACUGCCCUCUGUGCAUUCAGAGACGAGGGGGGUGAGGUUGGGCUUUGGUUUUGGCUUCGGCCAAGGACAGGAGAAGAAGACACGGAUAUGCUACAAGGGGAUCCCCACUGUGUGGGGGGAUGAGGACAUGAUCGCCUACGAGUCUGAAUCAGACAGCGAGGAGGUGGAUGGUCACAGUGAGAGGACAGCUUUUAUCAAGACGCAGAGCUCGAUCUAGCUGAACCUGCACCUGCUGCUGUGGUGUCUGACGCCACGGUAUCCUGGGUGUCGUCAGAAUUUAGACCUGAUCGUAUGGAGGUUCAGACAAAAACAGAACACUGGCCUUACUGUCCCAUCAGCACCCCAUCCAAAUGCAUUAAAGAGUCAGUCAUUUGUUUUUCCUGUCUUUAUUUAAAUUUCUUAUUUCAUUAAUAUUUUGUUGUCAGAUGUAUUACUCAAUUAUUUCACAGAAUUUUAAUUUAAAUACCAUAAUUUACCAUAGUUUGUCCAGUUUAUUAAAACUGUUUUAUGGUUCACUUCCACUACUUAAAGCCGGAAGAUGGCAAGAGAUAGAUAUUAAAAAGAAUUGUCAAGUCAGAGCAGCAGGGGCUAAGACAUUCUGAGAAGUAAAGGUAAAGUCCCAAAAACAAAGAAUCCUAUAUUUCCCAUAAUUCAGCUCAAUUGUAUCUUUCAUUAGAUCCCUCCACCUCACCUGGAAAAUCCCCAUUUCCCUCAAACUCCACACUCCAUGUUUGAAAGUAAUAGUCUGAAAGCUCAAGUCUAAUUUGUUUGCACAGGCUGAGGAGUAAUCCCUGCAACAAGUACACUAAAGUUUAAAAUGGGUGGAAUGCUUCUUUAAACUUUAUCAACUGUGCCUCUGCCUCUUGUCGUCCACACCAAACACCUGACCAUCAGAGCGUUAAUAAAUUAGCUUAUCAGAUCUGUGGUAGACUGUGGGCCAGAGGUUGUGAAGUUGACGCAGUGUUUCAUUAAUAGUAAGAAAACUUUAAAUUGAAUAUUCCGGCAGCGUACUGGGACAGCAUAAUAAAACAUCCCUCAGGCUGUUUGAUAAGCAGGAAACUGUGGAGGAUGCUGUUUUCAAUCAAGCCACGGAGGGAACUGCCACCGAAGCACAGACACAUACCAGAUACAUCAGUCAAAGAAAUCUUAUUGAGUUGUAGCAGAGUAACACUGUUCUUGAGUGAAAUAAAAAAAAUAAAAAGGAAAAACACUUGGCUGACCUUUACGACGUGUUUCUACUUGGUUGCCGCUGGUAAGAAAUAAGAUGAUUUUCUCUUCAUUCUCCCUACAGAGCAUAUAUUGAUUUUGGGGCUUCUCUCACAGAACGUCUUCAUCAGGGUAAAGCUCUUUCCCUUUCUAUUGUGAGCACCACACACCGAAAGACAAACAAUAUGCUUUAUUUCCCAUCUAUAACAGUGUAGACUUACAGCUACAUAAGCUGAAUCAAAAGGCCAGAAUGGCGAACAAUGGUGAUUUUAAAAAAAAGAUAUCUUGUAUGGCAUUUUUCUAUGUUUGUUUUAUAUCCUUUUUUUAUUUAACUUGACAACAGAUGUUAAUAUUGUGGAGAUCAGUUUCACACUGAAAUAAAAUGACUUUGGCUGUUGCAUAGA